AUGGAUGAGCCAGUAAAGAAAAAGCAGAAAGUUGAAGGUGGAGGUGGAGAUGAAGGAAAAGGACAUGGCAUAGAUACACCAAUGCAGGGUGUGGAUGAAGAUGAUAUGGGAGUGAAUGGAACUGAAGUUGAUGACACUGCAAUUGACCAGGAACUUCUUAUAAUUCAACAGCAUAUUUUGAAUCAGUGUCUGUGUCCUCUGACAGAAACAUGUUUGCGGAAGCCAUUUCAAGGAGUUAAAAUUGUUUCAGAAAAUCAAGGAGAGUUUUGUAUUCCACUGGUAGACUGGAGUCGAGAUCGGAUUUUGUGCUUUGUUAGUACUCUACAGUUGUUAUGUGAAGUUGCCAUCAAACAGAAUGUGAAAGGUGCAAUGUGUACUAGAAUAUGUGAAAUUUGUGAUUUUGUGGUCAGGAAUGAGUGUGGUCUUAUUGAACAACUCAUUGAAUUUUCAUCUCAUAGUGAUCCUUUUAUAUGUUUUGCUGCAAGUAGAGCUCUGUCUGCCUUUUUAAUAGUUACAAAAUCUCAUGUUAAUCCAACGUGGUUAGAAAGUUUGACAGAAAAUGCUCUCAUUACAACACAGCCUCAAAAGAUAUCGUUCUCACUUGAAGUUAUAAAACAUGUUAUAGAAUGGAAAGAUUUGGACACCCAUCCUCUUGAAGAUAAUACUGACAAUAGACCACCUUCUAGUUGUGCGGUUGUGAAUUUAUCUGAUCCUGAAAGCCUUGAUACAAGUCAAGUGAAAUGUCUGUGUAUUCGAGCUCUCGAAGCCAAGUGGCCUGCCAUAGUUAAGAAAUUUGAUGGUUUGAUUGCCUCGUAUUUGAAUGAGUAUGAGUCAACAAUAGUGACAUUUUUAGGAUUAUGGGAGGCCAUCAUCUCUGUUAAAGCAAAUCUUUCUGUUAUUGAUACAAAACCUUUCUAUGCUGACCUCGACAGCUUUGUAGUAUUACUUAACAAUUCAUCAGUUCCUCCUGGCAUUUGGAAACAUUUGUUGGGCCUGUUUAAUGAAGUUUUGUGUUAUGGCAGUACUCUUGCCCUGCAAGAUAUCCUUGCAGAAGAGCCUUGUGCUCUAGCUCAUUUGGUUGUGCGAAGUGUGAAAGACUGGCAUUUGUUGGAUAUGUUGCCGUAUAGAGGAGGUAGUGGACGAUUUGGAGGUGGUGCUGGAGACGGCGAUCGACCACUUCUACAGAAAAUGGCUUUGUUGGUAUUAAAAAGUGUUGCUGUGACUGUUAAAGAGACUAGAUGUGACAGCUCUAGUGACAGUUCUUUGGGAUCUGAAGCAGAUGAUGUUGAUGCUGAUAUGGCUGUCAUUGAACGCAGUAUUCACGAAGUGUUGCGACAGUUAGAUAACUGUGUCAAGACUCUUCUCCCCUAUCAUCCUGAGAUGCCUUUGGCUCAGUGGGUUGUGCAGAUUUUUGCUGAUCAGGACGAUGCCCUGAUUGAAGGGAUGGUGUGUUGUUUGGAUGUGGCUGUUGGACUUUUUUACCGCAAUACUGCUCAGCUUGACUUGCGCCGCACUUUGAGUCCUGCAAUGACUUUUGUUCAGUUUCUUCAGGCUGUGUCACAUGAUCCAGAUGUGUUAUUGGAUCUGUUGGUUUCAAAUGAAACCUGUUUCUUACUGUACCUGCUUCGUCUCUUGAAAUUUGUGCGCAGAAAUUGGGCUGAAUUUGUUGCUUGUUGUGGAAGAGAGUUGGAUGAUACUAUGUCUGUAUUAAUUAGAUUAAGACUUGCCAUAGACAGGUUAGUCUCUAAAAAUCUGUUUCCAUAUAACAUUAAUCCCGUUCUCAGGUUGCUUGUGAAAUGUGAACAAAUGUACGAAGUGAAUGAUGAGCCCCAUAUGAUUUACACAUAG